AUGAGCUUAAUACUUCAUCCAUCCACUCAUUUCUUAAGCUCUAUCUUCAUCUUCUUUUUUUCUCCAUUAACAGCCAAUGCAGCUCAACUGAUACCGAAUAGUUUACGUCAACAGUAUUCUGUUGCCUUUAAUCUAUCUAAUUUUCUACCUGGUAAUGGUUGUCCUCCGUCGACAUAUCGUCUGCUGAUUGCUCCUUCAGAAGAUGGACAUUUAGGCUUAAAACAAACGCUGAUUAAUCAAACACUGACUAGAGCUGAUCUUGUCACUAUUGAUAUAUUGAAUAGAGAAAGAUGUUGUUACAAUGUGACUAAUUUGAAUUCGGGAGCUCAUUAUCAUUAUAAGGUUGUAGCGUCAAAUGCUGCUGGUUCAGCAAGUGUUCAAGGACAAUUUUGGACAAGAACUGUUUCAGGACAUGAACCAGUUCUACGACAGACUCAUCUACUUGGCAAAGCAAAUCUAUUUCAACAGCCUACAGUCAUUGUACCUAUUACAGCAUUAUUUGCAAUAUUAUUACUUGUCACUGUGGCCCUGUUAUUCUUUUGUCGUCAUCGUCGACUAGAAGAAGAUUUGACACCGAAUAAAGAUAUCACUGUAGCGCAUAAUGAUUUACUGCCAAGUCAUCAGGGUGAUUCACAACAACAGCAACAGCAACAACGUCAACAACAACAACAACACCACCAGCAACAGCAACAGUCAGCUGUCGGACAUUCUUAUCAUGCUUAUCACGUUGGUGGAGGUGGAGUUGGAAGAAAAGCUUAUGGGAAUGAUAGUCUUCCACCGAUUCCUGCUGGUGGUGGUCAACAACCAGAUUCUCAAGCAAGUACAGUUGUAGCUGUUGGUCGUCACAGAAGUGGUGGCAUAAAAAGCUGGUUCAAUGGAACACGAAUGCGUCUAUACGAUCGUGGACAUCCUGUGAAUACUGUUGAACCGCCUUCACUUCAUACUGGUGCUAAUCAGAUUGGUAGUCAUAUUGUUGGUGAUGAAGAUGAACGACUGUCGACUAAUUCAAUUGAUAGUGAAGGCAAUAUUAAUCCAUAUGCCACAUAUGCAGCAACUGGUUUUGGUGAUCGUACAGAUGGUGGUGGUACUGGGGGUGUAGUUGGUACAAGUGCUAAUUUACUGACUGGUUCAUCUGGUGUUGGUGUUAAAUCCUCUGGAGUUGUUCCCUCAUCAAUGGUUGAUGGUGGUAUGAUGGUAGUCGGUGGUGGAAGGGGCGGUGGACGAGCUAUACGUGAUACAGGCAUGAGGCGGGAUAAUUGUACUUCAAAUAUGCCUAAACCACCUGUAUGGAAUACAGCAUUUAGACGUGGCCUUUCAAUUCCUUCAGAUCCCGAGUCGAUGAUGAGUGUUCCAGGACAUCAUUAUCAUUAUCCAAAUUUAGAUUCAACUGUUGGCAAUUCUACACUUGGACGACCUUCUCAUCAUCUUAUUCGUGUUGGAUCUAGUGGUCGAUUAAGGCUAGCUCAACAUAUGAUUGAUCCACGACUAGUUCCACCGUCUACAGCUGCUCUAAUUGAUCCUGUGAUAUUGGCACCAUAUGAUAAUGGUACGCUAGGUUGUGAUUCUGAAGAUACUACAGAGGAAUUCGCGAGAACUUCAGUACUUGGUCCUUUAAGAAGUGGAUUAACCCGGCGGGUCAACUCAUUUGAAUCUCUACAUCGGUUACAAGGAGGACGAUCACAAACUUAUCAUCGUGGUUUUGGUACUUGUGCACCAGGUGGACGAAUUCUAUUACCUGUUGGAAUUACUGUCUCUGGUGGUGGUGGUGGUUCUGCUGUAGGUCCAAACGCCGCAUCAGUAUCAUUUUAUGAAUCCGGUGGCAGUAUUCAACCAUCUGAUCCUUCUGUUGCCUAUCGUGGAAGUGUACUAUCGAGUACAACAGUUUCAUCAAAUCAUGAAGAGCUUAUGCAAGCUUAUGAAUAUGGUCGUAAGCAUCACUUGAGAUCAUGUCUCACUUUACCAUCGAAUGCAGCUUUACCUCAUCCUGUACCAAUGAAUUUCGGUGCACGUUUAAUCCCUGCUCAUAUGAAUAUGGCAUUGGAUCAUACAAAUACGAACACCGCCACUGCUGCUGUUCCUCAUCCUGCUGCACUGAUCGAUACAACUGAAGUUGGUGAUGGAGAAGUCAGUGGAGGUUCUGCUUCCAGUGAUGCAACAGACUCUGGUAUACGCCAGUUCACUCAACAACCACCGCAACCGGAUGAAGCACGACAUGCAGCCUGUGAAGUACCACUUAUCUAUGAUGUUAAUCAGCCUACUUCACGACGUCUUAUCCCUGGUGCAUCUGGACAUCGUGGUGCUGGAGGAGGCGGUGGCGGUGGUAGAAUUCCUAUUUUUGGUGUAUCACGGGCGAAAACUAGUAAUCGUCUUCAACAAUCAAAAUUGAUCCGAUGUGAUUCUGACUGUCCAUCGGAUAUGACAGACACUUAUGCUACUGUGGACUACAAUGGUGCUAGUGGUGGUCCACCGUAUACUUUAUCCACAUCUACACGACAGAAUCCAUCUAUCCGUGGUAGUGCAACAGCUGCGGGAGUUCAAAGAAAUCUCUAUGGACAAAUGGCAGCAAAUGUUCCAUAUUCAACGCGUGCUUAUCAACCUUUACCUGUACCACCGUCAACCUCUACAAUUGAAUACUCGGAUGCUGAUCCAUCAACAGCUUACGGUCCAGCGGGUAUGUAUGAUGAAUCUGGCCAAUGUCAACAAACUUCAUCGUAUUAUUAUCCUUCUACUGGCGGGACAAAUAUUCUACGAUCUGGUGGAUUCGGCAAUCCUGUUACACCACAUCAUCAAAUGGUUGUACCUUAUGCGUCAAAUCAAAUGAAACGAAGAGAUGCAAGAAAACAAACCUCCGGUCGUACAAACCCCCGUCAACUGCAUGCAAGACAAUUAUCUGAGCCAAAUAGAGAUGAAACUGUAGGAUUGUUGACAGCAGCAGCAGCAGCAGGCGGACCUUCUAGCUCGCAUCCAGUUGAUGUGUACAAUUCAGCAAUGCGUGGUCAAAUCUAUACUGCUGGAGUUCGUAAUGUUAAAAAUCUUGCAGCCAAUAUACCUAGUUCCAGUGGAAUAAGUGCCCAUGAACCUGUCGGUGGUGGUGGAUAUCAGGAGAACGCCUCUACAUCAAAUGAAAUUCAAGCACCAGAAGAGAAUGUCUAUACUUCAGAAUUUGUACUUGUUUAA